GGAAAACCCAGAAGAGUUAACCCUGAAGUUACCUCGAUAACGUCAAUCCUGCUUCUUAGUACAGGCCUUUGUUCUCCUAAUAACAAUCAAGCAAUAUUUGUUUUUACAUUGUGGCUAAUUAUUGUUAAGAGACGCGUUUUAUACAUUCAUUUAAGUGAUCUGUGCAUCAUCUGUGAUAGGCUGCGCCGCCUGGACGCAGCAUCCUCAGCUCUCCUCCGCUGCUUUCUUCUUCCGGGGUGCUGAUGUUGUUCAUGCUCUCACUAGAGGCUGUUCCUCCUGCUAUCUGUCGCACAAGGAGGAGGAUGCUCCAUCCGCAGGCCUCUCAUCUUCUCCUGGGAACAUUCAGAUGAAAUUUAGGGGACGCAAAAAAAACUGUUGGAUGAUCCUGCAGCUCCUUUUAAGCUAUAUGCUCUCUAUCUAUCUAUCUAUCUCUCUAUCUGUCUAUCGUUGUUAUCCGGAGCAUUCAGGUCCAUUCUGCUGCCUGAUACCAUGACUAUUGUUAUUAUUGUAAUAGCUUAGCUAUUGACAAGCCAAGUGGAGGGCAGUCUGUGUUGCAAUUAUUGGUAAACAGCAAAAACCAAGUGGAGACCAAGAUGCUACAAGGCUCCGGUAUCUUGGGGCAUGAGAGGCCGCUGAUCAUCAGGGUAUCAUUCAGCACCUUUGUUGUGGCUACUGUGUGCCUACCACUGCUUGGACUAAUAACUUGUGUCCUCAUAUCCUCUGUUUUUCAUUAUGAGGACUCUACUGGUACACAUUGCCAGGUUCCUAAUUACCUGCCAUCUAUCAGUGCCUCAAUAAGCCUGAGUCCUGAGUGCCACAUAUGGCGGUUUUGUAUCGGACUGCACUCAGCGCCGAGGCUCCUGGUGGCGUUCACCUACUUCAGGUUUUACAAGACACGUUUUGCCUCGAGGUUCCCUGAGAGUUCACUCAGUCGCUUCAACCUGGCCUUUUCUAUUUGUGAAAACCUCGGCCUCCUGCUUCUCACAUAUGUAUCAUCCAGUGAAACAUACUUUGUACAUAAGGAAGGUUUUGUGCUCUUCCUUGUCAGUUCCAUUAUCUACAUGCUGAUAACCUGCCGUUUAUGGAAGACUAUUAAGAAGUAUUCAUUAAAUCCUGAGGAUGCCAAGUCUCACCAUUGGAAAGUGCGCUUCUUACUUCUCAACGUAUCCUUCUGUGCUUUGGCCGGAUUCUUUUAUUGGAAACACAACAUGUACUGUGAAUCGGGAAGUUACACAUUAUUUGCCCUGUUUGAGUAUCUGGUAGUCUUCUCCAAUAUGGCCUUCCAUCUCACAGCAGUGUGGGACUUUAAGAGCCGGGAGGUCCUGGUCGUUUCAUCCUCUGAAGAUAAAGACUUCUGACUAGAAACUCAAGCACAACGUGCUACAUGUACAAAUACACAGCCGCCUGAUGUUAACAGCCUUGAUCAUACACAGGAGGAAGAGUGGGAUGAAGGCUUAUUCCAUAUAUUUCCAUGAUGACGGGUCUCAAGUCCUUAGCGGGUGUAGAUGUCAGACAAGUUUGAACAAAAGAUAUGCACAUGUGCUACUGUACGGUCAAUUCAGUGAGCUGUAAGUGCUUUUUUUGCCUCAGUGUCUCAUUCAUGGAUGCCUUCGCCCACAUAAAGUAUUUAUGUAAUGUGAAAUUUCAACUUUUGUACGAUGCACAAAAAAAAAACAUGUGGUCAUACUGUAUGUGUGCCAAAGUAAAGUGACGUUUUUUUUUCAAGUGUU